AUGUCUGAAGUAGCCAAUUCGACCUCGCCCGUCCAGGACGGCGCUGACGCCAACGGCACGCAGAUCAACACCAACGUUGCUGCUGCCACUGGCGAUGCCCCCACGCCCACCGCGGCGCCUACCGCGCACCAGAACUCGGCGUCACUCUAUGUUGGCGAGCUGGACCCCUCGGUCACCGAGGCCAUGCUCUUCGAGCUCUUCUCCUCCAUCGGCCAGGUUGCGUCGAUCCGUGUCUGCCGUGACGCAGUGACGCGUCGCUCGCUCGGUUACGCCUAUGUUAACUACAACAGCUCUGAGGACGGCGAGAAGGCUCUCGAGGAGCUCAACUACACCGUCAUCAAGGGCAAGCCGUGCCGCAUUAUGUGGUCUCAGCGUGACCCCGCCCUGCGCAAGACGGGCCAAGGCAAUGUCUUCAUCAAGAACCUAGACCACGCCAUUGACAACAAGGCGCUUCACGACACCUUUGCCGCUUUCGGUAACAUUUUGAGCUGCAAGGUUGCCCAAGACGAGCUCGGCAACUCCAAGGGCUACGGGUUCGUCCACUACGAGACGGCCGAGGCCGCCAACAAUGCCAUCAAGCACGUCAACGGCAUGCUGCUCAACGAGAAGAAGGUUUUCGUCGGUCACCACAUCCCCAAGAAGGAGCGCAUGAGCAAGUUCGAGGAGAUGAAGGCCAACUUCACCAACAUCUACGUCAAGAACAUCGAUGUCGAUGUCACCGACGAGGAGUUCCGUGACCUUUUUGAGAAGCACGGCGACAUCACCUCUGCUUCUAUUGCUCGCGACGACCAGGGCAAGAGCCGCGGCUUCGGCUUCGUCAACUACAUCAAACAUGAGGCUGCCUCUGUCGCCGUCGAUGUACUCAACGACACCGACUUCAAGGGCCAGAAGCUCUACGUCGGCCGUGCACAGAAGAAGCACGAGCGUGAGGAAGAGCUCCGCAAACAGUAUGAGGCCGCUCGCCUCGAGAAGCAGUCCAAGUACCAGGGCGUCAACCUCUACAUCAAGAACUUGAAUGACGAUGUCGACGAUGAGAAGCUCCGUGACAUGUUCACUCCUUUCGGCACCAUCACAUCGGCCAAGGUCAUGCGUGACGCUAUGCCUGCUGAACACUCCGAAACUCCCUCUGACGAGAAGAAGGAGGACAGCGAGGACAAGGAUGAGCCCACAGAAGAGCCCAAGGAGGCCGACGACGAAGCCAAGGACGGUUCGUCUGACGAGAAGAAGGAUGACACAAAGGCAGGUGACAAGGUUACCAUCAAGGGCGAGAAGAAGAUUCUCGGCAAGAGCAAGGGCUUCGGCUUUGUUUGCUUCAGCAACCCCGAUGAGGCAACCAAGGCCGUCACCGAGAUGAACCAGAAGAUGCUCGAGGGUAAGCCUCUGUACGUUGCCCUUGCCCAGCGCAAGGACGUCCGUAAGAAUCAGCUCGAGGCCACGAUCCAGGCCCGCAACCAGCUCCGCAUGCAGCAACAGCAGCAGCAGCAAUUUGGGGGUAUUCCGCAGAUGUUCAUUGCUCCUGGUCAGCAGCCCAUGAUGUUUCCUCCCGGUGGCCGUGGCCAGAUGCCCUUCCCUGCCGGCCUACCUGGUCAGCAGCAGGGUGGCCGGGGCGCUGGCUUCCCUAGUGGUCUGCCUGCUCAGCAAGGCGGCCGCGGCGGACCCAAUGCCCAGCAGAUGCCUCCUAUGUACAUGCCUCCUGGCAUGGCUCCCGGUGCUUUCCCUCCGUACAUGAACCCACAGUACCUGCAACUUGCACAGGCUGCACAGCAGGCUAUGGGUGGACGUGGUGGCCGCGGCGGUGUCCCCAUGGCUCCUAUGCCUGGUAUGCCUCAAGCCCAGAUGGCUGGUGUACCUGGCAUGCGCGGCGGCCAAGGCUUCCCUCCUCAAGGUGCUGGUCGUGGUGGUAUGCCACAGGGCCGUCCUGGCCAAGCCCCCAUGCCAAGCUUUCCUCAAGGCGGACGUGGAGGCGCUGCCGGCCCCGCUGGCGUCGACAUGAGCGCUCUCAGUUCUGCUCCUCCCGGUCAGCAGAAACAGAUGCUCGGCGAGGCUCUCUACCCCAAGAUCCACGAGAUACAACCCGAGCUCGCUGGUAAGAUUACCGGCAUGCUCUUGGAGAUGGACAAUAGCGAGUUGAUCAACCUGACCUCCGAUGAAGCUGCUCUUCGUGCCAAGGUCGACGAGGCCAUGAGCGUCUAUGACGAAUAUGUCAAGAACAAAGAGGGUGAGACUGAGAAGGAUGCUCCCAAGGAAGAGUCCAAAGAAGAAAAGGCUUAA